AUGGCAGCAAAUGCAGGGUUUGCCAAUGAAGAAGAGAGUCUCUACCACAAAGUCCAAAUCCAACCUGUUUCUUCUACACCAAGGUUGAAAGAUGGUAAGAGUGGAGACACUUGGAAGGCUAGGUUGGGAUUGGAAGAGUUCUCUUCCUUGCAGGUGUGGCGAGCAUCCAUAGCAGAGCUUCUGGGCACGGCCACAUUGGUUUUCUUAAUAGACACCAUCGUUAUCUCUUCAAACGAGACAGACACGAAAGCACCAAACCUCCUUAUAGCCUUCCUUGCCACACUUGUCUUUACAAUUAUUCUCCUCGCCACCUUCCCAGUCUCCGGUGGCCACAUCAACCCUGUCAUCUCCUUCUCCGCCGUACUUGUCGGCCUCAUCUCUGUCCCUCGAGCUAUCAUUUACAUUUUAGCCCAAUGCAUCGGUGCCGUACUUGGAGCCUUGGCACUCAAAGCCGUUGUCAGUAGCGAAAUCGAGAGUUCCUUCGCGCUUGGUGGCUGCACCCUCACCGUCAUUGCUCAGGGCCCAGAUGGGCCCACUAUUACAGGUAUUGAGACGGGCCCAGCACUCUGGCUUGAGAUCAUAUGCACCUUCGUGUUACUUUUCGCUUCUGUAUGGAUCGCAUUCGAUCAUCGCCAAGCCAAGGCCCGUGGGCCUGUCAUUGUGUUUUCAAUCAUCGGUAUCGUGGUGGGCCUGUUGGUGUUUGUCUCGACGACGUUGAUGGCGAAGAAGGGUUACGCUGGUGCAGGAAUGAACCCUGCACGGUGUAUUGGGCCGGCAAUUGUUAGAGGGGGACACCUUUGGGACAGGCACUGGGUCUUCUGGGUCGGCCCAGCUAUUGCUUGUGUGGCAUUUUUUGUGUACACGAAGGUCAUACCACGCCAGCAUUUCAAAGGGCAAGACUAGUUCUUUUAUGGCUUCUUCACCAC